CCAUGGACAUCCCAGCCAUGGACAUCCCAACCAUGGAUAUCCCAACCAUGGAUAUCCCAACCAUGGACAUCCAAACCAUGGACAUGCAGUUGGAGUGCUCAAUCGCAACAUGCAAACAAACACCGUCAUCAGUCCUAGUCUGGUGACACUUCCUCUUCUUCCUUGUUCUCCUGGAGGUCCUGCACCCAAACUGGACUCCAUAACAACAACAAUGAAGCCCUGUGGGGGAGGGGUGAUAGAUUUGAACACCAAACUGAGUGUUCCUGAGGAGAGAGAUCUCUUGCAACAGCUGCAGAAGCCAGUUUCCAACAAUGUUAUACAGCCUCUGCCAGUUCGCCCCAUUGGCUCUUCCAUAACUGUUGUGUGCAUCGGUGAAGACACAGCUCUGCCAUCUGUGCCUCGAACCCCAAAAGGGUCUCGUCAGGUGGAAAAAGAGGUUGAAUCUGAGGCCUUGCCGGUUGUCAUAUCAGACUCAAAGCACAGGGUGAGGAUGGCAAAUUCUGCAUACAAGGAGAUGGUGGGUCAGCCACUGUGUCCUUGGCUCGAGUCUAUGGUGAACGUUGGUGCCGGAAAUCUGCCAUGCAAGAGGAUCAGUGGGGAUGUAGCACUGCAUCUUUGCGACUCAAACUUUCCAACUUCUGCAAACGGAUUCUCUUGCUGGGUGAGGAUAGAAUGGGAAAGUGAGCUGAAGAAGUGCAGUGUUAACGCCUUCUGUGACGUUAUGAAGUUGGCCUGUGAAUCCAGGGACUACCUCUUCACAUGGAGGUUCCACACUCGUGCCAGGGAAGCUCCUAAGCCAAGUUGCACCGCUUGAAAAAGUUGAAAUCAAUAUCGCAAUGAAUGCACAUACUGUUCUACUUGAGUCUCUCUAGUAUCAUGAUUACCUUUCUUUUCUGCUAUCAUACAUAUAUUUAUAUGUAUAUGUAUGCACAUAAGUAUUAGGGAGAUGAUCGAACACAGUUUCUAUGUUUCUUUAGUAUAAUGUCAUCAAGAACUUGUAAGUGCUUGAUUAGUAUUAUUUACUAAUAAGUUAUGUUUAUGUUUCGAUGAAUCCCUCUCUAAGAAGUCCUUCUGGAGAGGAGAACAUCAGAAAAAAUAAAUAAGUCAGUACUAUUGUAAGUUGUUUCGCAGAAAAUAAAAAACUGCUUUUAUUUCUU